AUGGUUAGAGACUACUCCAGUGAAAUUUUGAUUACAAAGAGUUCGGACUUGGCUCAAGAAUACGAACUAAUAGUCGUCGGGGCUGGAAUUGUUGGAUGUGCUACUGCAUUUGCUUUUGGAAAGCAAGGAAGGAGAGUUUUGUUAAUUGAAAGGGACAUGAGCGAACCCGAUCGAAUUGUUGGAGAGUUGCUUCAACCUGGUGGUGUCUUAGCCUUGGAAAAGCUUGGAUUGACAAAUUGUCUUGAUGAUAUCGACUCCACUCCGUGUCAUGGUUAUCAAGUGUUUUACAAUGGCGAAUCCGUUCACAUACCUUAUCCAAAGAAUGAUAAGGGCACUCCUUACAGAGGCAGAUCCUUUCAUCAUGGUAGGUUUGUCAUGAACCUUCGAAGAGCCGUUGCAAAAGUUCCAAACGUUACGAUCUGUGAAGGUACUGCAAACGAAAUAAUUCGAUGUUCAAUAUCUAAACACGUAUUGGGAGUGGUUUGUACACCUAAAGACAAUAGCGAAAUUUUCAGACGCUUUUUUGCCCCAUUGACGAUCGUUGUUGACGGAUGCUUUUCAAAAUUUCGAAAAGAUUUUAUUCCAAAGGAAGUUCAGGUAAAAUCAAACUUUGUUGGAUUCAUAAUGAAAGACUGUGCGCUGCCAUGCCAGUACCAUGGUCAUGUGAUAUUGGGAAAAACCGCUCCAAUAUUGAUGUAUCAGAUUGGGACACAUGAAACACGCGUUUUGGUUGACAUUCCCGGUAAACUACCAAGUAAUGGGACUGGUGCCCUAAAGGAAUACAUUGAAAGAGAAAUUCUGCCUGGCAUUCCAAAAUCUGUACAGCAACCAUUUUAUGAAGCAAUACAACACCAACGUCUCAGGUCAAUGCCAAAUAGCUUCUUGCCCCCAUCCACAAAUACUACUGAAGGGUUAAUUAUGUUAGGCGACGCAAUGAACAUGCGGCACCCACUGACUGGCGGUGGUAUGACAGUAGGAUUUAACGACGUAGUAGUGCUCUUGGAACUCUUAUCUCAUGAACAUGUGCCCGAUUUUAGCGACACCAAAUUAAUAUUGAAAAAAAUGGAGAUUUUCCAUUGGAAAAGAAAAUUCUAUUGCAGUUCUGUGAUCAAUGUUUUAGCUCAGGCCCUGUAUGCAUUGUUUUCGGCUAAUGAUCAAAAUUUAUAUGUUCUACGUGAAGCAUGUUUUGAAUAUUUUAAAAUUGGUGGCAUUUGUAUUGACCAUCCUUGUGGAAUGUUGGCCGGUGUAUUUACAAACCCAUUCCUGUUAAUAACGCAUUUCUUUGCUGUCGCUAUUCUCGGGAUAUGGCGGUUAUUCGUUGAUGGAGGAACAAUGCAAAUUCCUAAAAAUGUUGUAAAAAGUACUAUG